CUUCUUCUUAAGAUUAGUGUUCAAUUGACAAACAAAACUUCACUUGAUCCUGCAUACUGUUGUUCCAUAUUUUGACUUCUAUCUAGCUUCUUUUUUUGUUGUCGCCUAUUAUUAUCUUACCUCGUCAUCGUAGUAUACAAAGUCAAAUUUCUGUUUUGCGGUUUUCGGGCAGUGUUGAAAUAGAGUUCUCCCGACUCUUCUAAAUUUGAGAAUUAAGGACUACCGAUUCGCCGAUUAAUCGGUUUUUACGACGAAGUAUGAGGCGAUGAAAGGUCAAAGGAUAAUGGGGGAAUAGUAAUUUGGGGAUUUGAUUGUUGAUAGUGGAAUUUUGAGAGGGAAGGAAUGUCGAAAGUGGUGUGCGAAGGAUGGAUGGUGAGAUAUGGACGAAGGAAGAUCGGGCGAUCUUUCAUACACAUGCGAUAUUUCGUGCUCGAAAAUCGGCUUCUAGCUUACUACAAGAGAAAGCCGCAAGUUAAUCAGGUUCCAAUCAAGACCUUGUUGAUAGAUGGAAACUGUAGAGUGGAGGACCGAGGCUUGAAGACCCAACAUGGACAUAUGGUUUAUGUUUUGUCAGUUUACAACAAGAAAGAGAAGUACAACAGAAUCACGAUGGCAGCAUUCAACAUCCAGGAAGCCCUAAUCUGGAAGGAAAAAAUAGAGUCUGUAAUUGAUCAGCAUCAAGAUUCGCAAACUACAAAUGGCAACAAAUAUGUUUCUUUUGAAUAUAAAUCUGGAAUGGAUGAUGGGAGGAAUGCUUCUUCAUCGGAUCAUGAAAGUCAGUUUAGUGCACCAGAGGAUGAAGAUGAUGCUCCUCCAAAAACUUUGCUUAGGAGAACAACAAUUGGAAAUGGUCCUCCAGAUUCAGUAUUGGACUGGACACAGGAAUUUGACACAGAACUAUCAAAUCAAAAUGCCAACAACCAAUCAUUUUCUAGAAAACAUUGGCGCCUCCUUCAAUGCCAAAACGGACUUCGCAUUUUUGAAGAGCUUCUUGAAGUCGAUUACCUUCCAAGGAGCUGUAGUAGGGCGAUGAAGGCAGUAGGUGUUGUGGAAGCUUCGUGUGAGGAAAUAUUUGGUCUUGUAAUGAGCAUGGAUGGAACUCGAUUUGAGUGGGAUUGUAGUUUUCAGUACGGUAGUUUAGUUGAGGAGGUGGAUGGACAUACAGCUAUAAUUUAUCACAGGCUUCAGUUGGACUGGUUUACUAUGUUUGUCUGGCCCCGUGACCUUUGCUAUGUGCGUUAUUGGCGCCGAAAUGAUGAUGGCAGUUAUGUUGUAUUAUUUCGUUCUAGGGAGCAUGAGAAUUGCGGCCCACAACCAGGACAUGUGCGGGCUCAUGUGGAGAGUGGAGGGUUCAACAUUUCCCCUCUGAAAUCUCGAAAUGGGAAGCCUAGAACACAGGUGCAGCAUCUCAUGCAGAUUGAUUUAAAAGGAUGGGGUGUGAAUUGUAUUUCAUCAUUUCAGCAACACUGUCUGCUUCAGAUGUUAAAUAGUGUUGCUGGAUUGCGUGAAUGGUUUACCCAAACAGAUGAAAGAGGUGCACCUCCUAGAAUCCCAGUUAUGGUCAAUAUGGCUUCAGCUUCAGUUUCCUUGAAGAAAACUCAAAAGAUAGAUGAGUUAUCUGUUCCCCUCACUGCUUCUCUUGAUCAAAUGAAUGCUGCAAGCCGAAACUCUUUGUUGAUGGAUGAAUACUCCGAUGAGGAUGAAGAACAAAUGCUUGAAGCAGAACAAGAGGCAUAUCCUACUAAAAGUGACUAUGAUAUCAAGAGAACAGCCCUGGAAGAAGAACUGGUUGAGAGAAUUGAUUUGUCAUGCUUUUCUGGUAAUCUACGGCGUGAUGACCGUGAUAAUUCUUGUGACUGUUGGAGAAUAUCGGAUGGUAACAAUUUCAGAGUACGUAGCAAGCAUUUUUGUUACAACAAAUCAAAGAUUCCUGCGGGAAAGCAUUUAAUGGAUCUUGUUGCUGUUGAUUGGUUUAAAGACACAAAAAGAAUAGAUCAUGUUGCCAGGCGUCAAGGUUGUGCUGCACAAGUUGCUUCAGAGAAGGGGCUUUUCUCUUUGGUCUUCAAUGUUCAAGUUCCUGGCUCAACACAUUAUAGUAUGGUAUUCUAUUUUGUGACAAAGGAACUAGUACCCGGAUCUCUUUUGCAGCGAUUUGUUGAUGGCGAUGAUGAGUUUCGCAAUAGUAGACUGAAGCUUAUUCCAUCAGUACCAAAGGGAUCAUGGAUUGUGCGGCAGAGUGUUGGUAGCACCCCUUGUUUGUUGGGUAAAGCAGUUGAUUGUAAUUAUAUUCGUGGUCCCAAGUACUUAGAAGUUGAUAUUGACAUAGGCUCUUCUACGGUUGCUAAUGGAGUUUUGGGGCUUGUCAUUGGUGUAAUUAAGACACUGGUGGUUGACAUGGCUUUCCUUGUACAGGCAAAUACGACGGAUGAGCUGCCAGAACGGCUAGUUGGUGCAGUUCGUGUUUCUCAUAUCGAGCUAUCAUCUGCCAUAGUUCCGAAGCUGGACGUGGACACAUCAUGAUUGUUCUCUAUAACAGCUGAUAUAUUCAUAUGAAUCAUUUGUUCUGAUAUAUUCAUAUAUCAUUUGCAUUUUCUGUCAUUAACAGUAACAGGAAGAUGCCCCUACUUUUUUUACCAGUAGUGAAAGGAAAACGGAAUUAUAAGGUCGGCAGGCUUGUUUAUACUUUUCUUUGGUUGGCUUUUUGUUAAGAGAUAUAUCAAUCCAAAAAUACACUGAACAAAAUGGAACAUCAUCAAAAAGGAUAAGAAGGAUGAUGGGAUUGUUAAUGUCAUCAUUUUAUCUUAUUCUAUAAAUGUCGUGAAAAGUAUUGCCUUU